AUGAUCGAAAACCUACAACGGGCACAAAUAAGGCUGAUAACAGAAAAGGCUAGGUUUGCUAUUUAUCAGGGGGCAACUGAGCAAAGAAAGAUAGAUCGAUUUAAGGAUGGCCUAAGGAUAGAGAUAAAGCAGUAUGUGGAUAUGGUUAAACCAACCACGUUUGUUCAAGCUGUGGAAAUGGCGACUGUUGCGAUGGAAAAUAACAUCAAGGCAACUAGGGAGAGAAGGGAGGUCAAAAGGAAAUGGGAAGCAUCAAGUAAAUUGACAAAGAAAUCCAAGGGGGAGAUGACAGAUAUGAAGGCACGAAAUGGAGAGUUCACAAUUUCUCAGUGCACCAAAUGCAAUCGAAGACAUAAGGGUGAAUGUUGGGCAGCAAAAGUGACAUGUUUUCGAUGCGGAAAACUCGGGCACACAUCAAGGGAGUGUACUGAAAGCAAACUUUGCUAUGAUUGUGGGGAAUCAGGUCAUAUACGGUCUGAAUGUCCUAAAAUCCAAAAGGGGACCAUAAGCAAUGUUAGAGUUUCAGGUAACGGGUCAGGAAGAGGGGGGAAAGAAGGAACUACCUAA